AUGUUUACAUCUCAAGUCGGCGGCGAUGUCUCAAUGGACAAGAUGGACGUUGCGAUCAGUUCUGCUAAGCUUCCUCCAACUCCACCAGGCGAGCCAGAAGUACCAUUGUACACGGUCAAUGAUAUUCUAUUGCAACGCUUAGCACACCCACCAGAAGCACCACUAGUUGCUUACCCACAAAGCUCUCAUGGAGUCAGCGAUUAUACAUUCUAUACCGCAAAAGACUUGGACAGAUUUGCCAAUGGAGCCAGUAAAGCUCUUCAGAGCUCUGGACUUCCACAGUUCUCCGAUCCCACCACGAACCGAGUGGUAGCAAUUCUUGGCCCGUCCAAUCUCGAUUACAUCGUUUCGCUGUUCGCCCUGUCUCGAUUGGGCUAUGCAGUUCUUUUGCUAUCCACUCGGCUUAGCACCGAAGCCUAUACCAAUCUACUUGCGCAAACGAACUGCAGUCAUAUCCUAUACUCGUCUUCGACCCGGAAAGCCGUGGCAUCUAUUCAGGGCGUGACGCCAAAUCUCAAUACACUCCUGAUACCAGAGUAUUCGUCAUAUGCAAAGUGCACCGAGUCAUCGGACUUGGGAGUUGCAGGACAUGCUGAGUCGGCUCGGAAAUGGGCUUUCAUCAUCCACAGCUCAGGUUCCACGGGUCUUCCCAAGCCAAUCUUCCAAACCCAUGCGGCUUGUAUAGCAAACUACACCACGAGCAACUCGUAUCGGGCCUUGUUGACUCUUCCCUUGUACCACAAUCAUGGCCUAUGCACGUUCUUCCGAUCUUUGUUCAAGGCAAAGCCAAUUGCCAUCUACAACGCAAACCUACCCUUGACCGGCCAGAACGUCCUUGAAGUUAUGAAAGCGUUCCAGCCAGAAAGUUUUCAUGGGGUGCCAUACGUUCUGAAGCUUUUGAGUGAAGUUGAUGGUGGGACAGAAGCACUAGCCAAAUGCCAACAAGUUCUUUUUGGAGGAAGCAGCUGUCCAGAUGAUCUCGGUGAUCACCUUGUGGACAAUGGAGUUCGACUGAUCAGUCAUUAUGGAGCGACUGAGUUAGGUCAGUUGAUGACAUCUGACCGGCCUAUUGACGACAAAUUAUGGAAUUAUGUUCGCCCUUUGAAAAGCUCCCAACCUUAUCUGCGAAUGGAAGAGCUGGAGGACGGCUCCUACGAGUGCAUUGCUUUAGAAGGACUGCCCGCCAAAGUCAGCUCUAACUGCGAUGACCCGCCAAAUUCUUUUCGUACUCGCGACACAUUCCUGAAACAUCCCAGCGUUCCCAAUGCCUGGAAAUACCUGGGCCGCAUCGAUGAUAGAGUCACACUGGUUAAUGGCGAGAAGGUGCUACCAGUGCCCAUUGAGCACCGCAUCCGCCAGAACAAAUUUGUGAAGGAUAACCUUGUGUUCGGGGCGGGAAGGCCAUUGCCUGGUCUGAUCAUUGUUCCUAGCGCUGAAUGUCAGGGCAUGACAAAAGACGAGAUUCUCGACAAGGUAUGGUUCGACAUCGAGGCCGCCAACGAGAAUGCAGAAGCAUUCAGUCAAAUAUCUCGCGACAUGGUUGUCGUCUUAGACGUUGGUUGCUCAUAUCCGGCCACCGACAAGGGAACAAUGAUUCGCAAUCGCUCUUACAACGAGUUUAGCGACCUCAUUGAGGCUACAUACCGAAGGUUGGAAGAGGGGUCUUCCAAUGGCGUGCCGAAGCUUGCUCUAGGUCUCCCGGAACUAGAAAGGUAUCUGCUUGAGCUUUUCAGGAAGGAGCUCGGAUAUCAUGACCUGAGUCGGGAUUCCGACUUUUUCGAAGCAGGCGUCGAUAGUCUUCAGGCGAUCAAAGCAAGAGGUUCAAUCAUAAGGGACAUUGAUAUUGGGCCUGCUGAGCUUGGCCACAAUGUGGUUUUCGACUUUGCCAAUGUCAAGAAGCUCGCCGCUUAUCUGUACGCUCUUCGUACUGGCAGCCAACAAGAUGAAGAGGAUGAGCUAGCUGUUAUGUCUCGGCUGAUUGAUAAAUACUCGUCUUUUAUACCACGACCGGAAUCAGAAGAAGUCAUUCUUUUGACUGGAGCCACUGGCUCCCUCGGUGUUUAUAUCCUUUCUCGCCUCAUGCAGAAGCCUAAUGUCAAGAAGAUUUACUGUCUUGUGCGAGCAUCCAAUCCCAACAAUGCUCUGGAUCGAGUUCUUUCCAACCUAGCCUCCCGAUCGCUACCAAUGGUGAAUGUCUCAAAAGUCAUGGCCCUACCUUCCCAAUUAGGUUCAGAAGAUCUCGGACUGCCCCCUUCAGUCCUUAACGAUCUUCGAACUUCGUUGACCAGAGUCAUACACUCUGCUUGGGCCGUCAACUUUACGCUGGGCGUCGGCAGUUUCGAAGCGCAACACAUCCGGGGAGUGCACAAUUUGAUCAACCUAUGUCUCUCCAGCAACCGAUCCUCUCCGGCACAAUUCUACUUCUGCUCGUCCGCGUCCGCAGCCGCAGGGACACCGCUCCCCGCUACCAUCGCCGAAGCCCCAGUCCCCGAGUUAGCCCACGCCCAAGGCAUGGGCUAUGCACGGUCCAAGCUGGUCGCCGAACGAAUCGUCCAGACCGCAGCAGAGAAGACCGGCAUGAUCGCUAAAGUUCUCAGGGUCGGGCAAAUCGUCGGCGACACCGUCACCGGGAAAUGGAACACCACCGAAGCGAUCCCUCUCAUGCUUCAAACCGCGCACACGCUGAAAGCAUUACCGGCCAUAGAUGAAACGCCGUCAUGGCUCCCUGUGGAUAUCGUCGCGGAUGCGGUUUUGGAUCUCAGUGGCCUCAAUGAAACUUCUGUUUCUGGUUCCGCGAUACUGAGACAGUUCUCGCAUGACCCGAGUACAAUCUACCACGUGCAGAAUGCAAGGACAUUCAAGUGGACGGAGGAACUACUGCCAGCUCUAAAAGAGGCUGGUCUUGAGUUUGAAAUCUUGCCGAAGAGGCAGUGGGUUCAGCGCCUGCGUGAAGGCGAGCAGGAUCCGAAGAAGAACCCGGCUGUUAAGCUGUUGGACUUCUUCGCCGAGAAAUACGAUAAUGAUAAUUUGGGUCGAUCGGAGCUUGUCUUUGAGAUGGAGAAGUCUGAGGCUGCUAGUCCUUCUUUGAGGGGCGGCGUGGAACUGAUUGAGAGUGGGUUGAUCAAGAAGUUUGUCGAUGCCUGGAGAAGUGAGUGGUAG